UUAUAUAAUCAUAAACUCAAAUGCAUAGCUUGAUAUAUAAAAAUAAAAGGAUCUUUCCUUUGGACAUUAAGGAGAAAAUGGAGAGACGUUGUAUGUUCAUUUCCAGUUUUGUGCUGAUACUUCAUCUUGUUCAAGCUCAAGAUCCCACCGGAUUCAUUAAUGUGGAUUGCGGUUUACCCCUUCGUGAGUCUCCUUACAACUCACUCCCAACCGGUUUAGCAUAUAUAUCAGAUGCCGAUUUAGUUAAGAGUGGAAAAACUAGUAGGAUCGCCAAGGAGUUUGAACCGGACUACACUAAGCCGAUUUUGAAACUAAGAUAUUUUCCAGACGGAGUACGAAACUGCUACCAUCUAAAUGUUACCCGGGACACCAAGUAUCUGAUUAAGGCCACAUUCGUAUAUGGAAAUUAUGAUGGUCUUAAUGUCGAUCCAAACUUUGACCUUUACUUGGGUCCGAACAUAUGGACAACAGUGAGCAGUAAUGAUACUAUAGAGGAGAUCAUCCAUGUGACGCAAACCGACUCUUUACAGGUAUGUCUUGUUAAGACAGGUAUUAGUAUACCCUUUAUAAAUGUCUUGGAGCUACGACCAUUGAAGAAAGAUAUGUAUGUUACUCAAAGCGGCUCACUCAAAUACGAAUUCAGGAGGUAUCUUAGCAACUCAGAUCGUAAUAUACGGUACCCGGAUGAUGUUUAUGAUCGUAAAUGGUACCCGAUGUUCGUGGCGAACUCAUGGACACAAGUAACUACAAAUUUGAAUGUAAAUUCUAGUAAUCUUUAUGAACUGCCAAAAGGUGUAAUGUCAACGGGAGUAACGCCCCUAAACCCUAACGCGACAUUAAACAUUACAUGGACUAUAGAGCCAUCUACUACGAAGUUUUACUCCUACAUGCACUUUGCCGAGCUUCAGACCCUAAGGGCCAACGAUACAAGAGAAUUCAAUAUAACAAUGAAUGGGAAAAUUUCAUAUGGACCAUAUAGUCCUAAGCCGCUAAAGACCCAAACCAUAUUCGACAUAACACCAGAGCAAUGCGAUGGAGGGGCAUGCCUUUUGCAGCUUCUGAAGACGUCCAAAUCAACUCUUCCGCCUCUCCUGAAUGCCAUCGAGGCUUUCACCGUGAUUGAUUUCCCGCAAAUGGAGACAAAUGAAGAUGAAGUUGCUGGUAUCAAGAAUGUUCAAGAUAUUUAUGGAUUAAAUAGAAUCAGUUGGCAAGGAGAUCCAUGUGUACCCAAACAAUUUUUGUGGGAUGGUCUAAACUGCAAUAACUCAGAUAUUUCGACUCCACCAAUAAUCACUUCCUUAGACUUAUCUACAAGUGGAUUAACCGGGAUCAUCACACAAGCCAUUCAAAAUCUUACCCACCUUGAAAAGUUGGACUUGUCAAAUAACAAUUUGACUGGAGAAAUACCUAAAUUUCUAGCUGACAUAAAAUCACUCUUGGUCAUAGACUUAAGUGGUAAUAACUUAACUGGAUCGGUCCCUCCCUCACUUCUUCAGAAGAAAGGAAUGAAGUUAAAUGUUGAAGGAAACCCUCAUCUUCUUUGCACAGCUGGUUCAUGUGUGAACAAAAGAAACGAUGGACAUAAGAAAAAGAGUAUCAUUGUACCAGUGGUUGCAUCAAUUGCUUCAGUAGCUGUUAUUAUAGGUGCAUUCGUCAUGUUCCUUGUUCUCAGAAAGAAAAAAGCAUCAAAAUUUGAAGGGCCAGAACCCUCAUAUAUUCAAGCAUCAGAUGGUAGAUCAUCAGAACCGGCAAUUAUGACAGAAAAUAAAAGGUUUAGUUACUCAGAAGUUAUUGCAAUGACAAAUAACUUCCAAAGAAUCCUUGGGAAAGGAGGGUUCGGAAUUGUAUAUUAUGGUUUUGUGAAUGGUACAAAACAAGUAGCAGUUAAGAUACUUUCCCAUUCAUCAUCUCAAGGGUAUAAACAGUUCAAAGCUGAGGUCGAACUUCUUCUUAGAGUUCAUCACAAGAACUUGGUCAAUCUUGUUGGGUAUUGCGACGAAGGAGAGAACAUGGCUCUUAUCUAUGAAUUCAUGUCCAAUGGAGAUUUAAAGGAACAUAUGUCAGGAACACGUAACCGUUUUGUUUUGAAUUGGGGAACUCGACUUAAAAUAGUUUCUGAAUCGGCACAAGGACUUGAGUACUUACAUAAUGGAUGCAAACCACCAAUGGUUCAUAGAGAUGUUAAAACCACAAAUAUAUUGUUGACUGAACACUUUGAGGCCAAGCUUGCUGAUUUUGGUCUUUCAAGAUCAUUCCCAAUCGAAGGUGAAACUCAUGUGUCGACAGUUGUUGCUGGAACUCCUGGAUAUCUUGAUCCUGAAUACUACAGAACAAAUUGGCUGACAGAAAAGAGUGAUGUUUAUAGUUUUGGGAUAGUAUUGUUGGAGAUCAUCACAAACCAACCUGUGAUAGACCAAAGCCGUGAAAAGCCACAUAUAGCAGAAUGGGUGGGGUUAAUGCUUACAAAAGGAGACAUCAUAAGCAUUAUGGAUCCAACUCUAAAUGGAGAUUAUGAUUCUGGUUCUGUGUGGAAAGUUGUUGAACUAGCAAUGUCUUGUCUAAAUCCUUCUUCAGCGAGAAGACCUACGAUGUCGCAAGUUGUUAUCGGACUGAAAGAAUGUCUUGCAGCUGAAAAUUCAAGGGGAGGUGCCAGUAGGGACAUGGACUCGAAGAGUUCUAUAGAAGUGAGCUUGACUUUUGGUACUGAAGUGAGCCCAAGGGCUAGGUAGAUUAUAUGUUUUUUACUACGGAACUAUCUCCAUAUCUCUGUGUCGGAUGUCACCUUUAUUUAACUUCUGUUAUGGAUACUUUGUGACUAAAAAGUUUACAGUCGCUUUUUUUACCGUUAUGUGUCAAUUCAUAAUAAGUUUGUUGUUUGACAAAUAGAGUGUUACUCUUGUUCUUGAAGAAGAAGUUAAAUGUUAUCUAAGGAGAUCAAGGUUAAAGAGCCAUACAAAAAUUCACAAAAAGAAGUAGAAUAGAUAAGGUCUCUGUUUCACAACAGAGUAGCAAAGUAAACAUAUAUUAUCAAGACAUAAACAGAGAAACCAGAGGAAACGAGUACUUAGGAUUCAUCAAUGAGGAUUGCGAUUUACCCUCUCGUGACUCUCCUUACAAAGCACAAACCAGUUAAGCAUAUACAUCAGAUGCUGAUUUAGUCGAAAAAAAUCGACUGACCCACACAAAUAGACCACCGAAAGUCAUCCGUAAAAGUCUUCCAAUUGUUGGUUUAUUAGUAGAUGACAUGUUCCGGUUUCAAAGAUUCAAACGACAACCAGAACCACCAGCUAAAUUAUAAAUUAUGAGCCACUGUUGCAGUUCUUAAAUUUGAUAUGAACAUAUAAAACACCAAACAAGAGAGCGCAAACAAAGUCAAGGUCAACGCUAGUUCAAUCAUAUAAGGUUUUUUUUUUCUUUAACUCAUCAUAUAAGGUCUUCGUUAUGAUGGUGCAUACACAUAUACAUAUAUGAUGUACUAGAUGAUUUUCCUUUGCUCAUGCACAAAUAUUAAUAUUUACAAAGUAAUCAUAUCAUAUCAUAGUACUUGGUUUAUGUCAUAUUUCAAUUUAAAAUUAUUUGUAGUUUUUUUAGAAUUUUGCAUUUUAUUUAAAUAUGAUUAUUUUAAAUAAUAUUAUUUUUUUUCAAUAAAUAUGUGAUUUUUUGUAUUGUAUAUUUCGUUGGUUCAGUAUUAAUUUGAUUAUAUUAGGUUAUAUAUAAUUGUUAUAGUUAAAUAAUAUUUUAUGGCUCAAAAUAGAUUGAGAAAUUCUU